ACACUUUUUUUAGGCUUUUGACAGAGUUUUUUUAUAUAAUCGGCACUCCUACUCCACCGGCAACCAGAAUCGAACGGUAUGGCGAUGGCAUCCAUGUUGUCCCUGUUGGCCACUUUCACCAUUCUCCGUAGCACCAUCAAUGAAUUGGUUCCGAAAGAGCUACGAGACUUCUUAAGGAAACUCUUCCGCCGUUUCUCGCUGGAGUUCACUAUGGUUAUCGCAGAAACCCACGGUGGCUCCAGCAACCGUCUUUUCAAAGCCGCCACCACCUACCUUGGCGGCCAUGUCUUAACUUCUGCCUCUGUCUCUGCUUCCCCUUCUGCCGGUAGUAGUUCUACCCAGAGAGUCACGGUGGGGAAGAGCGACAGUGCGAGGAAUUUGACAUACGGGCUCGACAAAAGCUCUAAGGUUGUGGAUUUCUUUCAUGGGGUUCCCAUGACAUGGCAAUUCAAUACCGAGUCCAACGCUAAGCGGCAGACUGAAACCAGAUGGUACGAACUCCAUUUCAACAAAAAGCACGCCGAGAUGGUGAAGAUGAAAUACCUCCCUUACGUCCUCGACACCGCCAAACGAUUGGGGGAUGAAAACCGAGCUGUGAAGUUUUACACCAUCUGGCGCGACUGGUGGUGCUCUAGCGCAGUCAACAUUGAUCAUCCGAUGACUUUCGACACUCUGGCCAUGGACGGCGACCUCAAGAAGGACAUACUGGGGGACCUCAACAGCUUUAUCGACGGCAAGGAGUACUACAAAAAGAUUGGCAGGGUGUGGAAGCGUGGCUACCUUCUGUACGGUCCACCCGGAACGGGGAAAUCAAGCUUGAUUGCAGCCAUGGCCAACCAUCUCAACUUUGACAUUUACAACUUGAAUUUAUCUUCUAUUAAAUCCGAUUCCGUUCUCGAGGAUCUUCUGCUUCGAGUGUCGAAUCGUUCCAUUAUUGUUGUUGAAGACGUUGACUGCACCAUCAAACUACAGAACCGUGGAGCAGGGGAUUUCCCUGAUAAUUUCCCUCGAGCCCAGGUGAGCCUUUCUGGACUUCUGAAUUCCAUAGAUGGUUUGUUGUCAUGCUGUGGAAAUGAAAGGAUCUUUGUUUUCACUACUAAUUAUAAGGACAGAAUUGAUCCUGCACUGCUUCGAGCUGGUCGCAUGGACAAGCACAUCUGCUUGGACUACUGCACGUUCUCUACCUUCAAGCAACUUGCCGCAACCUACGUGGACAUUUUCAGCCACCGUCUCUUUCCCCGUAUUGAAGACCUCAUUAAAGAUGCUAAAGCUUCCCCUGCUGAGAUUGCCGGUGAACUGAUGAAGAGUAAAGAUCAUGAAGCUUGUCUAGACGGCCUAAUUAAAUUUCUAGAGAUCAAGGUAUCCCAACCACGAGUCUCAAUGGCUUCUAUAGAGGAUAGAAGGCCGGAAGGAAAGGCCAUCAACAAGCGAGAGAAAGAUCUGAAAAAUGAGAAUACUCCGAGUAGUAUUGUAUUCCUUGCUGUUGGUUCUGAUUCAGUUGCGGAGUAUAGAGUGAAGGAAGAAUUGGCACCGAUCCUUAAAGCAGUGUUUAUUAAACACGGUAACAUUGUUACGAAUAGUUCCUUGCAAUCUAUGCAAUGCCGAUCAUCAUUGUUGGAGGUCGUGUGUGGAAUCAUUCAAAGACUACAACAAUCUGUUGAUUUUGAACAUUUGACAGAAGUUGAGAUUGAGUCCAUGUUUACUAGCGUUCAGGAUCUUGAAUCUCUGAAGGUGGAAGUUGGCUGGCUUCGGAAAGGGCUAGAUGAGGUUAAAAAGGCAUUACCAUUAGCCAAGCAGUGUUCCUCCCUGAUGGAAGAUAAGGAUAAAAAUCUUCAGGACAUUCAGAAGAUGGAGAAAGAGGUGGCAGGUUGCGAGGACAAAUCAAAAUCGCUCCAAAUUCAGGAAGCAAAGGCACGUACCGAGAAGCUCUCUGAAACCAUCACGAACAUUAAAACCAAAUUGAAGGAAAUUCGUGAUGGACUGCUUUGAGGCUGGCAUUUUCUCUGUUUUUAACACUCGCACAGUGUCACUAACCAUGAACAACUACUGUAUGGUGUAGUAUCAUCAAGUGUGCUAAAUAAUCCAUCAACCAAAUGAUUUUGGUCUGUUUCUGUCAUAUGUUAAACUAUUUGAGUUUGUUGUUGCCUAUUACUAAUAGCUGCUUCAUGCGUAUUUCCAUUUUAUGAACGUGAGCUCUCCUAAAUUUACGGCUUAAAACAGGGGAGACGUUAGAGCAGUCGGUGUUUGUCCCUGUGACUCAGGUAAGAUUUAGGGAAAUGAUUUUGGAAUAAAUUUUUUAAUUAUUU